AUGCCUACAGAUGAGAAUCUUCGGACGCGGGGUUGUAUUAUAGUUUCGGCUUGUUGCUUUUGCUUGAAUACCGACGAAUCCUCGUAUCAUUUAUUUCUUCAGUGCCCGUUUGCAAAGGAACUUUGGACUUGGCUGGGUGGAAAGCUCAAUUGCGUGAUAGAGUGUGCUUCAACGCUCUCUCUCCUUUCUUGUAUUCCUACUCGGUGCUCUUCUCAGAUUGUAGAUUUAUUCCUUGUAGCAGUCAUUCAUACGAUUCACACUAUUAGGCUAUCGCGCAAUUCUAUCCGAUUUUCUUCUAAUGCAGCUAAUGUUCAAUCCGCAAAGGUGAAAAUUCAUUCCUUGGUGGUCAUGUUGAGUAAAGCUUCGGUGGGGAAGUACUUGCACACAGACUCUACUUUACUUGAUUCUUUCACGAUGCCUGCACACUACCGUACCUGUGGGGGCCUUUUUCAGGACUCCCGUGGAUCUUUUCUUGGUGCUUUCGUUGGUAAUAUCGGUGCUGCUUCUGUGUUCCAUUCGGAAGUCUUGGCUUUCAUUCUAGCUAUGGAGCAUGCGGCUCAUCAUGGAUGGCGAAAUGUUUGGUUGGAAAGUGACUCCUCAAGUGCUAUUUUAAUUUUUUCGAAUCCUUCUUUAGUUCCUUUGCUGCUUCGGAACAGAUGGUAUAAUGCCUGUAGUCUUGGCAUUCAGAUCAUUGCAUCUCAUAUUUUUCGCGAAGGUAAUUGUUGUGCUGAUAGGUAG